CAUUUCUGUGCCAGGCACUUUCUCAAAUACUAAUUUUAACGCCAGGACUUUUUCCUGUAAAAAUACACGGCCACGGAUCGCAUUAUACAUUUACUAAUAAGGAUAUUGGUCCCAGAAGUAGAACGAUUAAAAUUUAUUAUCGCUGAUUUACAUCUAGACAAUUAACGAUGAGGAAAUGCCACAAGUAUGAAUAUGCGUUGCUGGUUAUAUUCAUUCUCGGGAUAAUAGGUGUUAUAAGUUUAGUUGUGGUUCUGAAACUGGACCUAGAUAGGAAAAAAGUGGAAGAAAAGGUAGUCAGAACGGAUGAUGCUGAUAAAGAGACUGAGAAGUUUGUUUCAGCCUCAGAGGAAAAAGCUUAUCGUUACGCAUCAAUUGCUGCAGACGCAGGACCAUGCGCUAAUGCAGGAAUCCAUGCAAUGGCCUCGAAGGGUGGUUCUGCAGUGGAUGGUGCUAUAAUUACACUAUUAUGCACUGGACUUUACAAUCCACAAAGUAUGGGUAUAGGAGGAGGCUUCUUCAUGACCGUCUACCAAAAGGACACGGGAAAAACUGUAUCAAUAGAUAGUAGAGAGGUUGCUCCACUGGCAGCGACUGAGGACAUGUAUCUUAGUAAUCCAACUGAAUCUCGAACAGGAGGUAAAGCAAUAGCAGUGCCAGGCGAACUGAAGGGCUACAAAAAGGCGCACGAUCUUUACGGGAAGAUGGCAUGGAAAGAUUUGUUUGAACCAGUCAUCAAAAUGGCAGAGGAUGGAAUUGUUAUAAGUGCAACCCUUGGCUCUGUUCUGAAGAGAUCCGAAGAAGCCGUCAAAGCUGAUCCUGGUUUAAGAGCUCUCUAUGUAAACAAUGGUACCGGAGAAUUAUAUAAAGAAGGUGAUACAAUUAAAAUGCCAAAACUCGCAAGAACAUUGCGUACUGUGGCAAAUGAAGGCAUUGAGUCCAUGUACAGUAAGGCUGGAACUCUUGCUGCUGAUGUGGUUGCAGAUAUUAAUGAAGCAGGUGGUAUCAUAACAUUGGACGAUCUGGAUCAAUACACAGUUACAACGAAAGAACCUCUUAACAUAACCCUGGGUGAUGAUUCUGUGGUGUAUUCUACUCCUCCUCCAGGUAGCGGUGCUGUUAUGGAACUCAUCGUCAACAUUCUCGAUGGAUAUGGUUUCAAUGAGGAUUCCAUGAAUACAAAGAAUUCAGCUCUUACAUAUCACAGAAUAAUCGAAGCUUUCAAAUUCGGCUUUGCAAAGAGGACUGAACUAGGAGAUGAAGAUUUCAUUGAAAUUAGUGAUCUUCUAGCCAACAUGACAUCAAGAUCCUAUGCCGACGCCAUUAGAUCACGUAUUAGCGACAACACUACACAUGACACAUUGUAUUACGGACCAACAUAUUACGACCAGAUAAAAACGGGCACAGCUCACAUAUCAGUUGUAGGAGCAAAUGGGGACGCUGUCUCGGUCACUAGUACUAUAAAUCUCUAUUUUGGUAGCAAAGUGAAAGGAUCUCGUACUGGGAUCGUAUUCAACGAUGAAAUGGAUGACUUCUCUACAAGUAAUUUAACCAACGCAUUUGGGAUCCGGCCCUCUCCAGCUAAUAAAAUUGUUCCCAAGAAGCGCCCACUGUCGUCAAUGUGUCCAACAAUAGUUGUGAAUAAAGAUGGCGACGUUGAGUUGGUAGUUGGGGCAGCUGGUGGCACACGUAUUACAACAGCAUCAGCUCUGGUGCUGAUUCGUAGCUUGAUGAUUGGUGAAGGCAUCAAAGAAGCAAUUGACGCACCGAGGCUUCAUCAUCAACUCCUACCAAAGGAGGUGCAAAUGGAAGCGAACUUCUCAAAGAGAGACAAGGAAGAGUUGGAGAAGUUAGGACACGAAUUUAAAGUGUCCACUGGAAUCUCCGUAGUGCAGGCAGUGUUAAGAGGCAAAGAUGGCAAGCUAUAUGCGAACAGUGACUACAGAAAGGGUGGUUACACAGAUGGAUAUUAAAAACAAAUCUUUGACUUUCAACUAUAGUUCUCCAGUCUCCAUUCGUUUGACUUUGACGUCAGUAUUAGACUCUCACAUUAAUUUUUAACAAGUGAGGAAUUAUUAAAUCGACGAUUCCGUUGUCUUCUGAACUAUUUGUUCG